CCGAUACAUUUGCUAGCUAGUAACAAUAAUUAUUAUUAGAAAAUUCCAAAAACAGAAGUCGCUUAUUCAUGAUUUACAAUUUUAUUACACAAUUUGUUUGAUUGUACCUUUCACGUGCGUUUACUCGACUGAGCGCCAUUCGUUGGAUUAAUUCUCGCAACAUGGAACGGACGUUUAUUAUGGUCAAGCCUGAUGGAGUACAACGAGGUCUUGUUGGAGAAAUUGUUCAGCGAUUUGAAAGGCGAGGUUAUAAGCUUGUUGCAAUGAAGAUGAUGCAUGCUUCAGAACAGCUGUUACAAACUCAUUACGAGGCGCUCAAAUCCCUCCCAUUCUUUCCAAAACUUGUUGCAUAUAUGUCAUCUGGACCUGUUGUACCAAUGGUUUUCGAAGGCCAUAAGGCUGUUGAAAAUGGACGUACCAUGUUAGGCGCUACUAAACCUGAAUCAAGUUGUCCUGGAUCAAUAAGAGGAGAUUACUGUCAAGAUGUAGGAAGAAAUGUCGUUCAUGGAUCAGACUCUGUUGAGAGCGCUAACAGGGAGAUCAACUUAUGGUUCACUCCACAAGAACUAUGUCAAUAUAAGCAAGCCAUUGAUCCUUGGAUCCAUGAAUAGACUUCAUUCAUUAAUCCCCCCUCUAUAGAUUGUGACUAGUGGUUUUUAAAGAAAAUAAAUUCGUCCUUUUGCUAC